AUGGAUGAUUUAGAAAAUGUGACGUUGAGAAUUCUUAAAGGGAUAAAUGGUUCAAGGAAAAAGAUCGCUAUCCGAUGUUUGGCAGGGCGUCAUCGGAAGACUUCCUGCAUUUAUGGUGAUUUUGGUUUCGAAUCUUCAAACAAUGAGCAAAUGGAACAAAAUGCGCAAAUUGAAUUUGGAGGAAAUCUGGCAGAACAAUCACUUAGCAGGUUAAUAUGGCUAGGCGGUAAUAGCGGUGAUAGUAGCAGUAGUCCGCAAUGCGUAAGGUGGAAGAUGGUGCAGGAAGAGGACGUUGUUGGUGGAAAAUAG